AAAUGUUCCCCAAAACGUCUAACAAAAACAGCAGAUUGCAAAUGAAAAGGCUAAGAAGAAGAUAAGAUUUUGUGCCUCUCCAAGUUUCCCAAAUGUCAUCCAGUAGUACCACACAUGCCACAUAUAUUUCCAACUAAAUAUAUAUGAAAAAAUAUUAUAUACCAUAUAAAACAGUGAAUGAAUUAAAAAAAAAAAAAACGUAUUGUUGUUGGAAAUGGCAGCCAAAAUCCACAUUUGUUCUCAUAUCUCUUCCUCCUUUAGCCACAAAGCCAACGAUUCCCCAUCUUCAUCAUCUUCCUCAUACUCAUCGUUGCUUGCCUUGCCUAAUUUCAUCUGUCCACCAUCUUCCUCAGGGUUUACACAAUUCAAGCUUCAUGCCAAAUUAGGUGGAGGAGAUGGAGAAGUGAAGCCUAAAGAAAAGAAGAAGUUCAUAACCAAAGAGGAAGAACCAGAACAAUAUUGGCAAAGCGCUGGAGAAAGAGAAGGGGAGAAUCCGAUGAAAACGCCUCUCCCUUACAUUAUCAUCUUCGGUAUGUCAACUCCAUUCGUCAUCUUAGCCAUUGCUUUCGCAAAUGGCUGGAUCAAAAUUCCCAUUCGCUGAGCCUAUAAAUCUUUUUUUGUUUGUUUUGGCCUCUUCUUCUUCCCUUGUUUAAGAGUCUCAGUACGUACAUGAAAUGAGACUUAAACAACAUAUUGUUCCGCUGUCAAAGAAAGUAAAAAAACAGUAUACUUAUAUAUUAUAUGGUGCUCUGCUGCAUCUUUCACAGGGACCGUUACAACUAGUACUAGGUGAGUAUAUCAGAAAACGUUGUUUGUUUCUUUUCUUAUAAUUUAUCGUCAAUUUAUGUAUGCUACAUGAUAGAAGUAUGACCGGUCCUUAUAUAUUAUAAGUUGUUUAUAAAACAAAGGGGUGCUCUUUAGAUUUGUUG